AUGGCAGAGGCCAUUGCUCGCGCCUAUCCCCAAGAUACCAUCCCAAUUGACGGCAACGAUUACCACUACGCGAUGCUGUACCGUCUCAAGCCGCCCCAAUGGGCUAAUGAUGCGCUGAUUUUGGCUUUUUGCGCGAGAUUGUACAGGACGGGCACCGGCGUUCGCAUCGUCGGUGUCGAGGCAGCCUCGGCGUCAAAAAAGAAGAAAUCUAUGAGUGAAAAAAUGAAGACAAAGGUCCAGGAACUACUCACUGAAGCGGAUGUACUGCUCAUUCCUGUAAAUUUUGGGAACAUGCAUUGGUGUGCAAUGAUCGUGGAUGGCAAGCAGAACAAUGUCCUGUACUACGACUCAAUGAACCUGAAGACGUACAAGGACGUACUGGACCGCAUGUCGUGGGAUCUGGCUACUACGCUCAGCGACGACUUCAAAGUUGUGUCCGUCAAUGGACCGAUCCAGACAGAGGGAUACAACUGCGGAUUCUACGUAAUGUUGAGGUUUUGGCGAUAUGUAGACAAGAGUGUGUCGCUGGACGUAACUCCGAUUGGUCUAACGCUGUUACGCUUCCGCAUCCUUCACUUCGUGCUUCACGGUAGCAAGCCAUAA